AUGGGUUACGGCUCGCUACCAUCCAAACCACCUCGUCAGGGCAGAAGACUCCCACGCAUCGAUUCAAACGUGGUCUCGUCUCCCCGUUCAUCUGGAGAAGAGGAGGGCAUGGAUGUCGAAGCGAAUUUGAACAAUAUGUCAAGCCCCAAAUCCCCCUCGUUCAGUGGUCAUCGGCAUUCAAGCAGCGGUCGCUUUCGUUUACGGCGAGCUGGUACUAUCUUAGCAUCAAAGAACUAUCAAGAAGAGCUUCCUGGACAGGAACCAGGGCUUGAUCCAAACGAAACUUUGGAUUCCAGGGUGAAGAUUCACACUGCAUGCGGAAUUACUGUAGUCGACUUCUCGGAAGAUGAAAUUGUACAGACUGAGCUUGAAAAUGCGAGUUUGAUCUCGUUUUUAGAAAAACCAAGGGAGGACUGGGUUGGUGUGCGGUGGAUAAAUUGCAAUGGUCUAUCGUGGGACUGUAUCCAGGCUCUGGCAAAGUAUAAGGGGCUUCAUAAAUUAGCAAUUGAGGAUCUCCUCAACACGAAGAACAGGACAAAAUGCGACUGGUACUCGGACCAUGCCUUUGUUAUUCUCCCGCUGCUGAAAUUGGUCCAUAUAAACGAAGUAACCCAAAAAGUGGAGAAUGAUGAAAAUACAAGGGAAUUUCUCUACGGGGAUGGUCCUCCGGUGAACAGAAUAAAGACAAUUCAGAAGUACUAUGGGGGACCUAAUAAAGAACGCACCCAAUACAUGGAACGGCACUCGAGCUUAGCAUCGAAAGGACUUGCCGUGAGUGUAGAGCAAGUUUCGAUGUUUUUGACCGCCGACGGCACUGUUAUCAGCUUUUUCGAACAUUCUGCGGAUGAUGUUGAACCACCAAUUCUCAAUCGACUCUAUUCGGCAAACACACUUUUGCGGUCCGUCUGCGACCCGUCAAUGAUAAUGCAGGCCAUCAUUGAUGCCAUAGUUGAUUUAGCAUUCCCAGUAGUUGGAGCAUACCAAGAUGUGAUAGCCGAGCUUGAACUUGACGUGCUCACCGACCCAUCUAUUUCCCAGUCACAGGAACUUUAUAUUCUCACCAGUGAGCUAUCGCUCCUAAAAAGUACAAUUUCACCAGUUGUUGGCUUGGUUUCGUCACUCAGGGACCACAAGAAAAGUUUUUCGGGGACUUCGAAAGCUUUCAAGGGUGUAGAGGUUAGCGAGGUUACAAAGACUUAUCUAGGGGAUGUAGACGACCAUCUGUUGUUACUCCUUGAGAACGUAGAGACCAUGAAGAGAGCAGCAGACAACAUGAUUGAUUUGAUUUUCAACACAAUUGGCUCACUCCAAAAUGAGUCGAUGAAGAUGCUAACCCUCGUAACGAUUCUCUUCCUCCCGAUGUCUUUCUUAACCGGUUACUUUGGUAUGAAUUUUGAGGAAUUCCCUGGAAUUCGACACUCGGACAAGUACUUCUGGACGAUUGCAGCCCCGGUGGCAGUCGUGACAACAUUGUUUCUUUUCAGAAGCGUGUUGUGGAGAGAUGUGCUUAACAAAUUCCGGAAGAGAUCAAUCAACAACGCCAGGAAGAAGAGAUAUGAAAAGAUGAGUAAGAGAGAAUAG